CCGUGAAUACCGGCACCUUGGGAAGAAGAGUCUUGGCAGUUCCAGUUGGAAAGUCGGGCUUUGCAAUUGCGACUCUGAAGCUCGGAGCCAUCCGAUUGCAUUCUUUACCUUUUUGGUUUGUAUAUUAACAGGUUUCGAAUUCCCUCAAGUUCACGAUCCUGGAUGCGGGAGUUCUAUUGCGAAGACUUGGCAGACUAGGAAGCAAUCGCUCUUUUCAGAACAAAGACUUGGACUAAAAGAGUCCGAAUCCACUCAUUCUCAUCCUUCACAUCGCCAACCUGGUUUGCAGUUAAAUCGCCAUUUACCCACCCCUCGGUUGCAAUUGACCUGCCUGUUUUCUACCUCACCACAUUCGCUCAUUACACCACAAUCCACUCAUUUACUCAUCCUUUCCCAUUCACUCACUUGAGCGCAUUCUUUCUUCCAUAUUGAGCCUUUUUCCGCUUACACAAUCGGCUUCUAAUUCAUCCGCAAUGCGCACCUCACCCAUGAAGAGCCUCUUGGCAGGUUCCGCCUUUCUAGCGGCCUCCUGCAACGCCGUCACCCUCUACGCGGCCGACUCGGGCGGAAAUGUCACGACCCUCUCCCUCACUACCGGCGCCAACGCGAGCUUAUCCGUCGCCUCCAAGUCGGCAGACUGCGAGGUGAACCCAGCCUGGCUCACCCUGGACUCGGCCAACCGGAUCCUCUACUGCCUCGACCGGGGCUCCAACUCGGUUCCCAACGGCUCACUAAACUCCUUCUCCAUCGGGGAUGGAGGCGCCCUGACCCGCAUCGCUCGCAUCCCGGCGCCCGCCAGCGGUGUUGCUGGCGAGAUUGUCACCACUGAGUCUGGUGCUCGCGGUUAUGUUACUGCUUCAUACAAUAAGAGCGCAGUUUCCGUCAUCGCCCUGGGCGAGAAAGGAGCUCUCCCCGGCACCGCGCCGCUCCAAGAGUUCUACCCAACCCUCGAGAAGCCCGGCCCGGUGACCGCCCGUCAGGACCUCAGCUACCUUCACCACGUCAUCAUCGACCCCAAGAACCAAUAUGUUCUCCUCGCUGACCUCGGCGGCGACCGGGUCCGCGUCUACACUAAGGACCCCAACAGCGUCGCCCCGAUCAAGGAGGUCGACGGCCUCGUCACCGGCCCCGGCGUCGGGCCCCGCCAUGGCGUCUUCAAGACCAUGGCCAAUGGCGACGUUGUCUUCUUCUUCAACGGCGAGCUCGACCAAAACAUUUACUCAUACAAGGUCGAGUACAAGGAGACCGGCCUCGCCUUCACCAAGAUCUCGUCCAUCCCCUCCGUCAACGCUGACUACCCUGCCACCAAGGCCCCGACAAGCGAGAUUGCCAUCACUCCCGACCAAAAGUUCAUCAUCGUCUCCAACCGCGAUGUCUCGUUCCGCGACUCUCCCGUCCUUGGCUCCGGCCCCUCGGACACAAUGUCCACCUUCGCCAUCAAGGACGACGGGUCCCUCGAGUUGGUGCAGCUUGCCCCCUCCGGCGGCUGGUCUCCCCGCCAGUUCUCCAUCAACAAGGCCGGCGACCUCAUCGCCGUCGGUCAUCAGAACAACCGCACCGUUGUCAUCUGGAAGCGCGACCUCGUCUCGGGUAAGAUCAUCACCGAGGCUGAGGGUGGCAAGGUUGCUCAGGUCACUCUCACUGGUGCUGUUGUCGCCACCAUCUUUGAUGAGUAGGGGGUGUGCAACAGUAAAGCUCAGUAAAUCUCGGCCUCAAUUAGAAAUACAGAUAAAAUAAAAUAUCAACCAAGCCCCAUCUUUUCCAAGAUUGAUAAGUCCGAGAAUCAGUGAUGUUUUCGGCGAUUCAUGUGCACGCAAGUCAUGAUACCAGCAC